GCUUUACGGCAAAGUCGUAAGGCGAGGAAGAAGGCGGCUGGCGAAGCGGGUUUGCCGGAGGAGACGAGGCCGCCAUGGACCGGAGGAAAAAGCCGCUGGAUGUGGCCGCCUCCUCGUUGGUGGAUCUCAAAGCAGAACUCUUCCGAAAGCAAGAGGAGUUCAAGAAAGAAAAGCUAUUGAAAGAUGCUGGGAUCUUCACAAAGCCCAAAACUUCUAAUAAGAAGCCAAACAUUUGGAACAAACAAAACACCGGAGUCGCAAAUCGAGCUGAGAAAGAUGUUGAGCAAAAGGCAGAAGAGGAGCAAAUAUUAGAUAAAUCAAGGAAGAAACUAGAAGAGAAAGCAAAGCUGUAUGAGAAGAUGACAAAAGGCGACUUUCCAGAUGAAGAAACUGAGGAUUUGUACCUAGUGGAUUUCACUCAGAAGAUCAUAGACAAACAGCAUGAAGUACAGGAACUGUAUCAGAGCGAAGCUGCUAAAAAGACUUUGGAAAAAGAGACAGAUGAUGAGGAAACUCCAGAAACAGAAAUACCACCACCCGAGGACCCGGAUGAAGAAUGGGUUGAUUAUGUUGAUUUCUUGGGCCGAUCUCGACGCUGUAUGAAGAAGGAUUUGCCAAGUCUUCUUAAAAUGGAUCAGGAACUUCAAGGAAAAAGACAAGGUCUUGAUGGGAAUACUCUGUUAUCUGAAGACAUGAGAAGAGAACUUCAGAGGCAACAGUGGGAAAAAGAAGAAGAAGAAGCCCUCAGAAAACCCAUGGGACCCAUACAUUAUGAAGACAUUCGAGAAAAUGAGGCCAGACAGCUUGGUGUUGGUUACUUUGCCUUUUCUCGUGACAAAGAACUUAGGCAUAAACAACGAGUAACACUGGAUAUGCUAAGAGAGCAGACACUUGAUCAGAGAACUAAACGUGAACAGUUAAAAGAAAAAAGGAAGGCAGCUCUAGAUGCAAGGCUGUCUAAACUUCGGGCACGGAAGGUUAAGAAGCUAAGGGAAGCUGGACUGGAGGAAGAGGCAGACAAGUUGGAGAAUGGAGAGGUGAAAGGUGUUGCUGAAGAACCAGAAGCUCCGAGAGUUACUGCAGCAAGCAGAAAGGUGGAGGUUGUCAUCCAGGAGAGAAGAGACACCAAGCCUGGCGUGCCUUAUGUGCGAGAGUGGGAUAAAGGCAAAGAACUGAUGUUCGGACAGUGGUCAAAGAAACAGGAAGAACUCAGAGAUGAGCGAGAUCCAGAAUUUGCACCACCUUCUGAUUACUUUAUGGGACCAAAGAAAGAUAACUACAGAAGUCAGAAUUUGAACAGUCCUGAAACUUCCUCUGGAAAACUGGAAACUGAGACAGCACAAAAACAACAGCUGCCAUCAGCACAGGCCAACGGCAGCAGCACUGAAGAUGUGCCACCAUCCAUGCAGGCUGGCAACAGCAAUGUCCAAGAGGGCUCAGCAGCAGCAGCCUGUGGCAGUGUCACUCAAGAUGCACCAUCAUCAUCGGAGGAUGACAGCAGUGAUGAGGAAGAUCCCCUGCCAUCAGCACAGGCUUAUGGCUAUGGUGCACAUGGUGUGCUGCCAUCCAUGCAGGCUUAUGGCUAUGGACCUCAAGAGGCACUUCCAUCAAUGCAGGCUUAUGGCUAUGGCACUCCUGAGGUGCCUUUUCCCAUGCAGGCUUAUGGCUAUGGCACUCAAGGCAUGCCAGCACCCAUGCAGGCUUAUGGCUACACCACUGGGAACAUGCCAUUUCCCAUGCAGGCUUAUGGCUAUGGCACCCAAGAUGUGCCACCACCAAUGCAGGUCUACAGCUGCAGCGCUCACGAUGUGCAGACACCCAUGCAGGCCUGUGGCUGCAGUGCCCAAGAUGUGCCACCACCAAUGCAGGGCUGUGGUUGUAGCAUCCAAGAUGUGUCACCUUCAGUGCAGGCCUGUGGAUGCAGUGCCCAAGAUGUGCCACCUGCAGUGGAGACCUGUGGAUGCAGUGCCCAAGAUGUGCCACCUGCAGUGGAAGCCUGUGGAUGCAGUGACCAAGAAGAUGUGCCACCUUCAGCACAGACUGAGAGCAGUGACACUCAAAGUCAGGAACCACUUUACCAGAGUUUAGAUGAUAUGCUGUCUUACUACAGACAAGUGACUUGAACUGAGCAAAAAGAUACACAAGAAUCAGGAUUUAAAGAACUAUAACUUAAUUAUCUCCUAGGCAAAAAAAGGCUCUGUAAAGCAGUUGAAAAUAAAUAUUGUGGAGACCUAAGCUAUUUUACAGCACAGCUCUACGUAUACCCUGUUGGUUCUUUCUGGUUUUAAUUUUUUUUUACCCUUUUAUUAAAAUUGUGAUGAGAUUUUAUUUUUUUUUUGGAAGUACUUAUUUUAAUACAUACUUAAUUUUACCCCCUUGCCUCUUACAUCUGAACUUGGGAGUAUAUUAAGGCUUUCUUUCAAAAGU